AUGCAUUUUGUUUACGACUCGGCAGACCCCAACCUGCCCGACUUGCCCGAUCCGGGCAAUUGGACGGACUCGGACGAUUUGAGCGACGGAGGCUCGAGCCUGGUGUCACUGCACUCGUCGCAGGGCUCGCGGCGAUCGAUGGAACACAAGAUGCCUGUGAUCGAGCCAAGCGAACCGAUCCGACAGCCCACGAAGGAGCAUGUGGACGCAGCAGGCCCGCAUGUGAGGCUGUCGAAGUCGCAGCGGCGCCGCCGGCGCAAGCAGCGGUCCAGAAGGUACGCGGGCUCGACGUCCAAGAAGGUGCGUGCUGGCUGGGAGCCGGGAGUGGACGUGCGCACGACGAACGUGGUGCUCAAGUCGCCCGGGUCGUGGGUCGUGGUGACGGACUACUCGAAGGAUCGGUACCGGGUGUCGAACUACGAGGUGUUUCCUGAGUUCAAUGCGGACGAGGACACCGCAGACCUGCGCAGUCUGUUUGGCACGGACGACAACGACUACGGCACGGACACGCCGCCCACGCCGUCUGCGAAGGAGCAGGAGCAGCACUCCAAGCUGAACGGGCUGUUCAAGCACGCCGUCAGCACAAGACCCGCCUGGUCGACCAUCCGAUGGAUCAACGUGAAUGGCCUUUCGUGGGGGGCCAUUUCGAUGAUCGGCGAGUUCUACAACCUGCACCGUUUGUCAAUCGAGGACAUGAUUGAUGUUCCGCAACGCACAAAGGUCGAUUUGUACCCAAAACAUCUGUUUGCGGUUGUUCCCUUGAUGAAGCUGAUCAAGACGGGAAAGCCCAGAGUGUCUCCUGGGAUGGCCGCACGGGCGUCGCUGGACCUGGCCGAACCGUCUGUGCGCUCGCGUGCGUCUUCGGUGCACACGAUGGACCUGUCGCUGGCAGAACAGAUCAGCGACGAGCGCAAGAUGGUAAAACUGUCGGACGUGAACUUUCGCUCGUUGCGCGAACGGUCCAAGAGCCGCAAGCUGCGCAACCUCGAGGUACUGCGUCCGCUGCACAACAAGGGACUCGCCGUCGGUGUGGAGCAGGUGUCCAUCUAUCUAACGGACGAUAACACGGUGAUCACUUUUUUUGAGCACUCUGCUCCCGACGUGACUAAGGCCGUUCUGACGCGGCUUUCUGCCGAGGACACGCUGCUGCGGAGCACGUCGGAGGCAUCUAUUCUGUUCCACUCGAUUCUCGACGCCAUAGUCGACCUCGUUUACCCGGUGAUCACCGCGUACGACCAAAGACUCAACGAAAUAGAGGUGGACAUUCUCACCAACCCCACCAUCACCCACACCCAGGAACUGCAUCUCAUGACGAACGAGCUGGCCAACCUCAAGUCGCGUCUCAUGCCCGCCUGCAACCUCAUCAACCAGAUGAAAGACGUGGCCGGUUUCCGCAAGUUCAUCUCCGAAGACAGCGUUCUGUACAUGAACGACAUCUACGACCACCUGAUCCUGUAUCUGGAUGACAUCGAGUCCAUGUCGCGGACCAUCGAGAACCUGAUCAACCUGACCUUCAACACGCUGUCGGUGGAAACCAACAACGCCAUGAAACAGCUGUCUGUGGUGACGGUUGUUUUUCUGCCGUUGACGUUCUGGGCGGGCUAUUUUGGAAUGAACUUCGACAGCUUCUCCAACCUCAAGCUCGGAGUCGGGUUCUACUGGGAGGUGACCAUCCCGUUCACGUUUGUUCUCAUCAUGCUGGUCAUGUGGCAGGACAUUUACAAGAAACUUAAUUAUUCCAGAAAGUACCUCGCACGAAUGGUGGCAGACUACAGGCUGGAACGAACAGCAAGGAAACAGAAGCUACAGCGGGGGAAGAAAAAUGGAGUGUAG